AUGGCUUCUGUUAUCAGAUAUGCAAUGGCUUCACCCAAGAAGCAGUAUUUUACCGGCACUUGUACUCUUGAUCUCUCCUAUAUCAUGCCAAAUCUCAUUGUCUGUUCAAUGCCAACCAACAAUUGUAUUAAGGGUUGGUAUCGCAUGUGGCUUGCAGAUCUCCUUGUUUUUCUUGAUCAAAAGCAUGGUUGUAACUGGCGCCUAUUUAACUUCCAGGCCGAAAAGUCAGGCUAUGGUGAUCAGGAUGUGUACGGACGAGUUUCACAUUUCCCAUUUCCAGAUCAUAACCCUCCUCCUUUUGAGCUUUUUCCUGAAGCUAUUAAUGCAAUCAAACAAUAUUUAGCUUGCGAUACACGCAAUGUGGCCGUACUUCAUUGCAAAGCGGGUAAGGGUCGCUCAGGAUCUAUGACAUGCGCAUUUCUCAUGUCAGCAUUCCGUUACUCAUUUGAAAAGGCGACAGCUCUUUUUACUGAAAACCGUAUGCGUACUGCAUUUGGCGAUGGAAUUUCUAUUGCUAGUCAGCGCAGAUAUCUACGAUAUGUUGAAGACUGGGUUCAUGUUUUAGAUCAGCAAUAUUACGUCCCCAUUUGCAUUCGCAUUGAUUCGGUUCGGGUAUGGCAACCCUAUUAUCCAGAAAUAGACAUAUCCGUUGCUCAUUAUACAGAAGGUGGGGCACAUAUCAAUCCUGUUUACACUUUUACCGAUGCAGAUGUGUCCAAACGUAUGCCAGAGUACAUAGUAUUGGUGCCACAGGGUGGCAUUGCCAAUGAUAAUGGUCUUGGGCUUGUUGUUCCAGCCGAUGUUCGCUUUUCAUUCCAACAUAAAUUUAUGGUUGGUGGUACACUACCAGUAUUGCAUUCGUCGGCAUACAUGUGGUUCAAUGCUUUCUUUGAAACCUAUGGCGGUGCAGAUGGUUUUGACUUUUCUCAAACAUCAGGAUGUGUAUCCUUUUUAUGGAAUGAUUUAGAUGGGUUCAAAGGUACAAGCAAACGUGGGUCGCCUCUGUUUGAGCGCAUUGAUAUCUUUUGGUCUGUCCUUGAAGGUGCCCCCGCUGAUGAGCCACUCCCCGGGACGUGCACAACGACUACGAUUACAACAUGCACUGAAGCUUCUUAG